CGUCAUUAUUCAAGUAGUAUAAAACGGUAAUCUAACAGCCAUAGAAGAAGCCCUAUCCACUUUACCAGCUUAAACCCAACCAUUCUUUCUUUCCAAAAUGAAAAUGGCUUUCAAGAUCUCUCUUUUACUUCUUCUCUGCUCAUUCUUGGCUGCCAAUGCUCUGAACUCUUACCUUGAAGGGUUUCUUCCAAAUGGAAAUUUCGAAGAGGGCCCGAAGCCAAGUGAUAUGGAGAAAAUGGCACUGCAGGGCAAACACGCCCUCCCAAAAUGGGAAAUCUCGGGCCUUGUGGAGUACAUCUCCGGCGGGCCACAGCCCGGCGGGAUGUACUUCCCGGUGUCGCACGGGGUCCACGCUGUAAGGCUGGGAAAUGAGGCCUCGAUUUCGCAGACGAUCCCGGUGAAGAAGGGGUCCGCUUACGUACUCACAUUUGCAGCGUCACGAACAUGCGCGCAGGAUGAGGUGUUGAGGGUUUCGGUGCCUCCAUUGUCUGGGGACAUUCCUUUGCAAACUCUGUACAGCAGCAAUGGAGGGGAUGUUGUUGCCUGGGCAUUUAUUGCCACCUCUGGUGGGGCAAAUGUUACAUUCCACAACCCUGGACUGCAGGAGGAUCCCACUUGCGGCCCUCUCAUUGAUGCUGUUGCAAUUAAGGAGUUCUUCCCUGCAUUGCCCACUAGAGAUAACUUGGUGAGGAACAGUGAUUUCGAGGAGGGUCCUCACCGUCUAAAGAACGCCACAAAUGGCGUUCUCCUCCCACCAAGGCAACAAGACAUGGUGUCUCCACUUCCGGGCUGGAUAAUCGAAUCCCUCAAAGCCGUGAAGUACAUUGAUGCUUCACACUUCAUCGUCCCCUCUGGGCAUGGGGCAGUUGAGUUGCUUGCUGGAAGAGAAAGCGCGAUCGCACAGGUCAUCAGAACCGUCCCCAACAAGGUCUAUAGCCUGACUUUCACGGUGGGGGAUGCCAAGAACAAUUGCCACGGUGACAUGAUGAUUGAAGCGUUCGCCGGGAGGAGUGCUUUUAAAGUCCCCUUCCGAUCUUCGGGGAAGGGACUCUCCAAGACUGUUAGUUUCAAGUUCACCGCGGGUUCAGCGAGGACCAGGUUGACCUUCUUCAGCUCAUUCUACCACAAUAAGGUGAAUGACUAUGGGACUCUAUGCGGCCCUGUCCUUGAUGAUGUUAAAGUAUCCCCUGUCCGUGCUUAUUAGAGUAGUUUAUCUGAUUUGUUAUUUUAACCUCUCUGUCAUUUCUGGACCGAGGCAAACUUGUGAGGCAGUAAAUUAAAUGUUUGAAACUUUGUAGUGAUUGUGUUUGGUUAGACUAUGGAAUUUGGAGUCCCGCUUGUUAUUUUGUCAACUCCAAGCGGAUUGGAAUAAAGAUAUUUUACCUAUCAACUUAAAAGAUAAAAACCACAAUGUUACCUGUUUCCUAAAAUGAAAGUAAUACUUCAUUUAUUGGUCAACUC